AUGGCCGAAGCUGCACUUCACACUGAAACCACUUGCAAGAUUAGACAUGUACACAUCGAAUGCCCAAUCUGCUUGACUCGGUUCAUCGAUCCGAAAAUCCUGGACUGUCAGCACAGCUUCUGCUUAAAAUGUCUUCAGGAACUUGUAGACAAACAGGAUCAGAAGACGGGUUUCAUUAUUUGUCCAGUGUGUAGAGAGAAAACUUCAGUCCCAGAUAAGGGACCAUCGGCUCUUCUCAACUGCUUUCUCUUGAGCUCGCUUAUUGAUGACGUCAUCAAUCCGGGUGGUCCCGGAGAAGACAUUAGGCCUAACCCUGUUGUAUCGAUUUGCGAAGGGUGCGACGAAGGUCUUGAUGCCGUCUCACGGUGUAUUGACUGUGAAGCUAUUUUUUGCAAGACUUGUUUGAAAUACCACGCCCAAAAAAAAUUGAACAGGCAUCAUCGAGUCGUUAGUGCAGCCGGGUCGUCAAAUGAGGGAUCCAGAGACCACAACAAAACUUUCUCUCCAAAAUGCCGGAAACACACUGACCAGGAACUGUGUUUUUAUUGCGAAAAGUGUGACUUACUUGUUUGUCUAAAAUGUGUGGCAUUUGAACACAGAGCGCAAAACCACAAACUAACUGAAAUCAAAGACUCCAUUCGAUCGUAUCGUCAAGCUGUUGAAGAGGCUUUGAUGAAGUUUGAUGAAUGUCGCAAGCAGUUCCAAGAAGUGGACGCCUCCAUCAAACACUCACAGCAUAGAUUACAGAUCAUGGUCGACCGGGCUCUUCGAGAUAUUGUGGCUAAGGAGGAAGAGGAAGUCGAGAAAAUCAGAAAAGCAUCUCGCCUCCUUCAAGAAAGAGUCACUCAAAUCCGCAAAGAGAGAGGUGGGCAAUUCGGCAGCAUACAGAUCAGCAAUAGCGAUAAGAUGAGCCGCGCAGAUCAAAUCGUAGCUUCAGUCAACGACUUGAUGCAACAUGCUGAUGACUUUGAGCUGCUGGACCUCAAGCCAAAGGUCAUGCACAACUUGACAUUCCACAAAGAGCUCCAGUUUCAAACAGUGCAGCAUAGCAAGUCAUUCAUCGGGUUCAAAGGCCAUGAUGUCGUCACUGAUACGGAUAUCGGUGAAAUACUAGAGGAAGAGAAGUGGGAGGUGAAGACAGAGUUUGGUAAAGAAGGGGAAGGUGAGGGGGAGUUUAAGUUGGCAUCUGACGUUGCUUGUUUAAGCAACGGUGACAUCGUCGUUAUUGAUAAGGAACGGUGUAUAUUAUCCAACUUUACAUCGAAUGGUAGUUACAAAUCGCAAAGUAGAACAGAAGAUGGACAACUAGAAGACCCUGCCGGUGUUGCGGUGACCUCUGAUGACCUGCUUCUGGUUACUGACGGACAGGAUGUAAAGGUUUAUGAUAGCGAACUGCGAUUUAUCCGUAAGUUCAGACCAUCACGGAAUCAAGUCGAGGGGCAGUCAGAGAGUAUACUCGCUGGUAUUGCUGUUGACAAGAAAGAUCGUAUUGCAGUUGAUGUUUAUGGUGAUGGUGAUGGUGAUGGUGAUGGUGAUGGUGAUGGUGCUGGUGGGGGUGACGGUGACGGUGAUGGUGAUGGUGAUGGUGAUGGUGACGGUGACGGUGAUGAUGAUGAUGAUGAUGAUGGUGAUGAAUUUUGUGAGAUACAUCAUUACGAUGCUUCAGGUGAGCACAUCGGCUGUCUAGCCCGUAGCUUCCACGGUCAUCUAGGCGUGACGUUUACUCAGACCGGUGACCUCAUCGUGGCUACUUUGCAGUCGGUCACGAUCUUGCAUCGCGUGUGA